UCCAGGAGAGCUUACUGACUCAAAAUCAGCUAUCCGAAGGCAAUCUGCUGAGAGUGACUGUAGAAGCUCUCUAUUCUGUCCCUGAGGCAUUUAUGCACACCGGUCCUCAAUAUAAUUACAUGGUUGGCUUUCAGGUGCCAGCAGUUGGUGAGAAAGAAUGUCCCUUCCUGUUCAAGAAUGGGACCCUGAAACUUGGCGGUGAGAAAGAACCUUUGCCUCGUCCCAAGAAGUGGCCAGCGGCCAACAUUUUAGCUCCCGGAGGACAAAACAUCCCAGAGGCUUUCAUUGUUGGUGGGGCCUUUGAGGAGGAAGAUGGAGAAAUGAAUACCCCAGAGGACCGGGAAAGCAGGAUUCAGGGUGAAACGACUAAGAAACGGAUCAUUUGGGACUUGGAAAGACGUUGCUACCUGGAUCCUUUAGCUGUGCUCUGCUUCCGCAAGCGGAUUGCUGACUGUCGUUGUUGGCCUGUGGAAAUUACUAGAGUGCCUCUGGUCACAUCCACGAAAGUCAAAGCUGGCAAAGGAGACAAGGGAGCUGGAGCAGCGGCUGCAACAGAAGAAGAUCCCAUUUCCUUUCAUGGCGUGGCCUACGUCAACUUAGUGCCUCUGCUGUAUCCAGGGGUAAAGCGGAUCCGGGGAGCCUUCCGAGUUUUUCCUUACCACGACAGUGAAGUGUAUGAAAAGACCAAGUGCCUCUUCAGUCUUUUUCGCGAUGUGGGCCAUCAGGCAAUUCUUAAUAGAUUUGGGCCCAUGGGAAUGUACAGUCCCCACACCAAGAGCAUCCUUGGGAAGAACUACAAAGAGGACAAGCAACGAGAAAUGCUCCGGAAGCCAUCCAAUAUUGUAAAAAAAGACACCUCUGAGAUCACGGUAGAGGUUGCCAUCUCUUUAUGCCAGAACUUGGAAGGACAGCAAUAUGUGGAAUGUGGAAGUUUUAUUGUGUUAGAGUUUAUGCUGGAUAGAGCUUUGGUGCCCAAGCGUCUGCCAGAGGAACUUGCCAGCCGAGUGAAAGAGAUGAUUCCUCCACACCCUCCGCUCCCCCGAAGGACUGCAGGAGCCAUGAAGGCCGUAGAAGAUUACCACACACAGAUCACCAGCAUUGCUGCAUCCAUCCUAGAUGAGUAUCAUGAGCUCUUUGGAAGGCAGGUGAUCCAAGGGCUUCUCAUAGAUUCUCAGACCCUGGAAGACCAGAAAUGUCAACUCAACUAUGAGCUGAACACCUCGGGGAAAUAUUUUGCCUUCAAGGAGCAACUCAAGCACGCGGUUGUGAAAAUUGUGCGGGAGAAGUACUUGAAGACCACCGCCUUUGAAACUCUGGAUCAACUCCAAGCUUUCCUCAGUGAGUUGUAUGUCUACUUGAUGGAUCAGAUGCAUGUCGCCUUGAAUCAGGUGCUAUCCCUCCAGACUCCAAGUCCUCCUCCUCCUGUAUAUACCACCUUGGAGCAGCUCCAGCUGUUUGCUCGAGAGGCCCAAGUCAACAGAGACUACGGUUUGGCUUCAACGUACUAUCAGGAGAGGUUGUCUCGAAACCCCCAAGAUAUCCAGAGCUGGUUGGAUUAUGGAGCUUUUUGCCUGUUGACUGAAAACAACUUCAAGGCCCAAGAAUGUUUCCGUGAGGCGGUCGGGUUGGAUGCCAAUCACAUGCCCAGUGUGCUGUUGUGUGGGAUCAUGGCUGUGAUGCUGCAGAAUUACGAAGAGGCUGAAGUCUUUUUUGAGGACGCCACCUGCGUGGAGCCAAACAGUGUCGUGGCCUGGACCAUGCUAGGACUUUUCUAUGAUAUCCAGGAAAACUACAUCAGGGUCGAGAUGGCCUUCCAUGAGGCUACCAAGCUCCAGAAGGCCCAUCUGCCCAAAGAGAAACCAAGUCCUCCAAGUAUAGAAGAAGUACCGGUAACUGGAGGAAAGAAAAAAAUGUCAUACAUGGGGGCUUCACGGGGACAGUCCCUGGUUGCCCCAGAGGAGUCAGAAAUGCCCAAACCUGCUGCAGUUGCAUUUGAACCAGAGCUGAGCCUGCUCAUGGUGUCCCCUCAAACCACCUCUAUUUUCAUGGAAACAAUAAAAUUCCUCUUGGAUGUCAAUGCCCUUCAGUUUGUUCACAGGGCGCUGGCGCAUGAGUUGAUCUCCCCGCAAGGAGGUCCCAGCUGUGAUUAUUACUUGGUGCUGGCCCAGACGUAUAUGCUCAAGAAGGAAUAUGAGCAGUCAGAAGAGAGCUUGGAAAUGGCAUUGCAGAUUGAUUACCUGAAUCCAGAGGUUUGGGCACAAAAAGGCCAUCUCUGCUAUUUGACCGGGAAUUUCAGUGAAGCAAAGUCCUGCUAUGAACGCACCAUCAGUUUUGUGACGGACGCGAAGGAUAUGCACACGGUGUACCUGCGAUUGGGCUCCAUCUACCUGGAAGGCAAAGAGUAUGACAAAGCCAAGCACAUUUACCUUUUGGCGAGUAAGAAAUCACCUUCUUGUCUCACCUGGCUGGGAGUCGGAAUUGCCUGCUACAGGCUCAAAGAGAUGGACGAGGCAGAAGAUGCUCUCUCUGAAGCCAAUGCCCUCAACAACAGCAAUCCAGAAGUCUGGGCCUACCUCGCUUUGGUCUGCAUGAAG